AAUUUCUAUAGACCAACAGAAAAAACACUGAGAAGGAAAUUGCUCCAUUGUGUAACUGCUUGCGUAAGUGAUAGAGAAAUUGCGUGAACUACUAUCGCGGAAGUCUUGAAACGUGUGCUGUUGUCAUUUUCUUACUAACGGGACAGAAAGUAAACUGAUGCAACUUAUUUUAGCGGAUCCAUAAGCAUAACAGAUCAGGAGCAUCGAAGUUAAUUAUGACUACUGAGGGAGACCCAACUGCCUUUGUGAAAGUGCUUCACCUUCUGGUGAUUUCUUUCAUCUGGGGAAUGCAGGUGUGGGUGUCUUUCAUAGCAGGUUUUGUGCUGAUUUCCCAGGUAUCCAUGCACACAUUUGGCCUUGUUCAAAGCAAGUUAUUUCCAAUUUAUUUCAAUUGUCUGAUGGGUGGAAAUGCAGUUAGUCUGGCCAUAUAUGCUGUGUACCACCCCAGAGAACUCCUGGACUGGCAUGAGGGCAUUCAGAUGAUUCUUUUCUUUGUGGCUGUGAUCAUGGCCGGCCUGAACGUGCAGUGGUUUGGUCCGUCUGCCACCGAGAGCAUGCUGGUCAUGCAGGAGAUCGAGAAGGAGCACGGUCUGGGAAAUCAGGUGGGUAUGAGUUCCAAUAAGGAAGAAUACGCCAAACUCCGUGAGCAGGACCUGAAAUACAAGGAGCACAGGACCAUCUUCUACCGCUACCACGGUCUGUCCAACCUCUGCAACCUCAUAGGCUUUUUCUCCACUACCAUCAAUCUCAUUUACCUGGCGCUCCAUUUAGGAACUAUAUGAGUGUGUUGUGUGUCUUUGAGAAAGAGUACAGUCAGACAGAUAUAUUAAGACCAUUAUCCUGUAAUGAUUUGUAUAACAGUAAUGCUUCUAGUUUUUAUACAACAAGAGUGUUUAGUGUUAGUUAAGGUUAAAAGAACCAAAUUCAGAUGUGAGCCAAAAGUGAACCAAGUGAAAGAGCCCAGUUGAUUUUGUAUUUACUUUCAUUUAUUUGUGAGUUGUUUAUAUCAUGAUAUAUUAUGUAAUGUACAAUAAAACAUUGAAUAUUAGGGAAUUGAAUUAAAGUAUAUACGUUAAAGUAUUUUUUUUUUUUUCUUUUACAGUCAGGUUUCAUUUUAAUAUUCUCCUCAUUCUGUUUUGUCCAUAACUAUACAAUAUGUGGAUAAUGUCAUUAGAUGCCACCCUUACCUUUGUACACUUCCUGUUUUGCUGUAAAAGGCCAGAAAUAUUAAGAAGAGUGGACCAGUUAUAGGAUUGUUUUAUCAUAAAAUGCUGUUUACAACAUCCUAUAGAAUGAAUGACACUAUAAUGGCAAUUAAACUCUGUGGACAACAAGCAGUGAAUAAUAAAUGAACUUUUGAUCGUCUUUUGUAAAAAUGAUGUUUGAACAGAAAGUAAACUUGCUUUUCUCACUGGACAUGGAAAAGAGUGCUGUUGAAGAUUCAGUGACAUACAAAUGUGAUUCCGUUGAUUUCUCUGCAUAUUCAAACUUUUGCUGUGAAUUAGUAAUUUUUUUAGUGUUCUAUACCAUUUCUUAUAUCAUUUCUAUAUCAUAUUUUCCCUUCUAAUGAAAAGAAAGCCAACUUUAUUUGUGUGUGUUUUGUGUCCAUUGGGAAUCUUGGUCAUAUUUAGAAAGCAAACUGAAAGAGUUUUUCUUUGUUUAUUUGUUGCUGACAUUGAACAAGCAUGUAUUCAGUUAAAGAAAUAUAAAACACCUAUACAUGUUGAUUUUUAAUUAAAAUAAAUAAGUGAAUUUUUA